AAUUGUCCUCCUCCCACAGUGCCAUUGGCAUUUGCGCAUAUAUCUUCUUUAGUUUUCCCCCAUCCACACGAACGUAUCAAUCAUCGACUCAUUGUAUACUAUGUCUCGCCUCGGAACCGGAGAUUUACGUCGGAUUUUCGAGAACCUCGACAAGAACGGCGAUGGCCAGGUGAGCCUCGAGGAGCUCAAUUGGCUGCUCGAGAAAAUCGGUGUCCAUCACAGCGCGGACGAGCUUGAGUCAUCUAUAGGGAAACCAAGCCUCGACUUGGAUGAGUUUUCGUACUUUUACGACUCUAUAUCGCCGGAAGGAGCCACGAGGAGCGAUGGAUUAGAUUCCCGGGAGAGCGACGAAGGAGGUGCUGAUCGAGAGGCUGACCUUGCCGAGGCGUUCAAAGUGUUCGAUUUGAAUGAAGACGGCUUCAUUUCCAGCGACGAGCUCCAGAGCGUCCUCUCAAGACUAGGGUUAUGGGACGAGAGAAGCGGGAGGGAUUGCAAUAGCAUGAUUCGCACGUACGAUACAAACAGCGAUGGGAGGCUCGAUUUUGGGGAAUUCAAGAGCAUGAUGUUGAUCACAAUUUCUUGAUGGUAUCUUCAAGGAACUGUGUGACAUGUCUUGAGUCGGAUUUGCUUUUAUACACCGUACCGUUUCUACAUAGAUUUAUAGCUCCAUUCUUUCGCUUGGCUUCUACCAUUCUCGUGCUAUUCUUCCAGCUAGUUACUUUGGCCUUUUCUA